UUUCUAUAUAUAACACAUUCGAAUUGGCGGAGUAAUAAAGAAUUGUUUAUAUACAUAACUAUAAUAAUUUAUAUUUUACACAAUUUGGAAAAUUGAUUAAAUAAUUUUACGAAAAUGGAUUAUUCAUGGAUAAAUACUAUUAAAGCAUUGCAGGAUUUUGCAAGCAUUUUAAUUUGUGGGAAAUGUGGAUGCAAACCAAUAUCUCCUGUAAGACUCACAAAUUGUGGACAUUUUUUCUGUCAUAAUUGUGUCAAGUUUGCAACAAUAUGUGUUAAAUGUGAAAUACCUGUGCAACCACGAGAAAUCAAUCCUGACUGCUUCAUAUCAAAUCUCAUUCAGGGUUGCGAUACUAUUGCAAAAAUUAUUAAAAGGGAAAAUGUAUGGAACAAUAUUGGAGAUAUAUCAGUGGCCCCUUCAGUAUCUGAAAUACUUAGCACACCAAGAAAACAAUUUUAUAUUAAGAAUAAAAAAAAUAUAAAUAAACCAAAUGCAAAAGGAGAAACACAAUUGCAUACUACAUGUUUAAAGGGAAAUGCUGAACAAGUUAAACAGUUGUUGCUAGCUGGUGCAAAUCCUAAUACAAAAGAUAAUGCAGGUUGGACACCACUGCAAGAAAUGAUCAAUUAUGGGUGUAUUGAAAUAAGUAAAUUACUAUUAAGCUGUGGAGCAUUGCCUAAUAUAUCGGGUUAUGACCAGAAAACUCCAUUACAUGAAGCUGUUGAGAAUGAUAGAAUUGAAGAAGCUAAGUUGUUAUUGGAUUAUCAUGCUGACAAAAAUCUAUGUGAUCGAUAUGGCAAAAAACCUAUAGACUACUGUAAAUCAGACCAGAUGCGACAGCUUUUGAUAAAUGUACAAUCUGAACAGAUAUUGGACACAAGUAUUAAUCAAACACUAGAUUCGUCAUUAUAUGCAAAAUGUGGUAAAUUGGUGAUUUAUCCAUCAAACUUAAAACCUGAAAAUCAGAAACUACUUAGUCUCAUAGCUGCAAAACAUAAACUCAAGAUUUUAACCACAUAUAGAUCAUCUGUCACACAUGUUAUAGUGGAGGUAAAUGAACGGAAUGUUACCAAAUUGACACUUGAUGUCUUGUUCACAAUUGUCCAUGGCAAUUGGCUUCUUAAUAGUGAAUGGAUUAAAUUGGGAGAUAUAGACGACAUAUCUAAUUUGGAUUUUGAAUUGUUUGAAGUUAAUGGUGUGUCAAUUCCUGAUGUUUCAAAAAAAGCAAGAAGAUGCGCGGAAAAUCAAAAUCCACGCUUAUUCAACAACUGUUCCUUUUAUUUUGCUUUACAAGCAGAUACAACUUAUCAGAUUGGUGAUUUAAAAUUAAAGAAAGAUGAUUUGAUACGGCUUGUAAAAGCAGGAGAAGGAACAAUAUUCUCUAGAGAACCAAAUCCAGAAGAUCUGAAGGAUAUGACGCAAAUGAUACCUUUUCACACUGCGAGUGAUUCUUCUCAUCCUUUGUACAAAUGUACACAUUAUAUUAUAUAUAUGCCAGGUAAAGGUGAACCGCGUAUUAAAUACAACAUGCCGCAUAUUAAGAGUCUGCCACUUAUAUGGUUAAUUGAAUGCAUAGAGAAAUUUACUCUGGUUAAUCCGACUCACUUGGGAUUAUCCUAAGUAUUUAAUAAUGUACAUAUUAUUUUACAAUAUUCUCUACAUUUUGUAUAUCUAUUGGGUUUGAUUAUUGUAACAGUAUAUUAAUUUUAAAAAAUUAUUUUAUAUAACAUAGA